AUGGGCAAGAAUAAGAACGCCAUCGUGAAGGCCAAGGCCACAGCUGCCAAAACCAAGGCGGUUGCGAAAACUGCUGCCAAGCAGAAAGCCAAAGCCCAGCCGGCCCCAAAGGCAACAGCUGCCACCCCAGAUCCCGAUCGGCAACAGCUCAGCAACUUUGUCACCUCGAUGAAGUACAAAGCCACCAAAGGGCAGAACCCGGAGCACCGUAGCACAGCUCAGAAGCUGUUGGAGAUGUAUGCCGAGAUGGACAACGAAGGCAAACGUGCUAUGGCCAAGAAGUAUGUCGAGCACGGUGGCAAGGAUCUCACCUGGUCUGCUACCUAUUUCGAGAGCAAUGUGGUGGAGGAUAUCACGGAAAAGUCCACCAGGAAGGGCAUGAUGACCAGGAAACAGAUACUCGACUUGGAAGGCAUUGAUGUCUCCGACAUGGACAAUGACACAAAAAACGAAUGCCUCCAGGAGUUGCUUAAGAAGUUGUGGGACCGUCUCAAGAUGAACCCGGAGAGCCACCCCGAGCUGAUUGAGAAGCACAAAAUCGAGGCCAUGAACAGAUACUAUUACGAACACGUGGAUCAAAAGGACACAGAGUUGAACAAAAACUCGCAGGAGUUGAGUGUGCAGGCUGCUGGGUUCAGAAUGGACACAGCCCAGAAGAUGAUCACGAACAGGCCCUCGGACCCCAAUGUGAAGAUUGAGAAUAUGUGGCACGUGGAUCUCAUGGCCAAAGUGAAGCCUGUCUGGCAAGCCAAAGCAAAGCUCGAAAGAGAUGAAGCCACCCUCAAGGAUAUCCUGUGCGAGUUCGAGAAUGCAGUCGAAGGCAAAAAGGGGUUCAAUGAAAUCGUGCAGGACUACGAGUCCAAGAUGGAAGUGCUGCACGAAUUCUUGUCGCAGCUUCGGAAGGCAUAUGCCCAGGUCACCAAGAUUGAAGCCAGUGACGAGGGCACAUGCACGACAGCCCUAAGUGAAUGGACCACGUUCGGGGAGGCGAUGUUGGUUCACCAGCAAGGAGUGAAGCAGAUGAUGUCCGGUAUGCGGGCCUUCCUCUAG